AUGGUGCAGACAGAGGAAGACACGAGUCCCGCGUGCGUCAACAAGACGGAUCAGGGGCUCCAGGAGGACCGUUUUGCCAUGGUCGGACGACAACUUUCCAUCGCGAUAGUUCAUGGCGUGGACAACAACGUAGCCAUCCCAAGUGCGACCGUUGACGCCGGUCGUUCCAGUCUCGGAAAAACCGCAGACGGUGCACAACCUCUUAUACAUCCUAUCAGCACCGUCGAUAGUCAAUUCGAUGGUGUGUAUAACGGCGAAUCUGCUAUUGCGAGCAGGUUGACGGAUAAAAAAGAAGGGAAUCUUGGGAUGGAAGUCGACGCUGUCUCGAGUGGCUCUGGAGUCGAGAGACAAGGUGAAUGGAGUAGAACUUUAGGCAACGGUAUUGCUGCAGAAGAUCCGAGAAAAUCGGACGCUAUGUCGGGUGUGGUCGCGGCUAGUGUCGCGGAUGUCACUGGGAUCGGUGAGAUGACAGAAAUUGCGAGCACGACGAAUAAGCGUGCUCAUGAAGAAGACAUCGAUUGUGCUGCUUUAGACAGACCGCAUCCUUGUAAACGUGCUGCUGUAACGGAUGAUGACGGUACCGUCGCCCAGUUUGCCGAUCAAGUGAUGGAUACGACCGUGGGCGACAGCUCGGGUGACGUUGAGAUGAAUAUACGAACGAUCGAGGAAGAGGUGUUUUGUAGCAAAGCGGUCGACGCUUGUGAGGAAAGCAGACUUUUGUUUGACGAGGUUGAAUACUUUGCUGAGAGAAAUCGAGAGCUUGCGCCAACAUUCGUUCAAGCAGGUAUGACCCGAUCUGGGCGCACAAUCACCAAACUUGUUGGAAAUGAAAUUUGUAAGCCGAGGGUACUGGCCACGAAGAAGAAAGAAGUGUCGACUCUUGAGCCCAGGUUUCCAGAAGAGUCUCUAUGCGGAGUGUGUGGUGAGGUGGAGGAUGAUGAUCUCACUGACAUGAUAUUUUGUGAUGGCGGCUGCCUCAAGUCGUAUCACUUUUCAUGUUUGGGCAUUGACUCGGCACCAGAUGAUGAGGAGUGGCUGUGUGAACAGUGUCGUACAAAUGAGCAAUUGUGUUUUGCAUGCGGACGCAAUGGCACAAUCAACGAGAAGGGCGGUGUUUUUUGCUGCAAUGUUGCGUCCUGUGGCAAAUUCUAUCACCAAGCAUGUAUUGAUGCAAACAAAAUGUCACGCCGGGGAGCUAAAGCCAAGCCGAGCUUUUCAACAGUAGAUGAGAUGUUCGUGUCUGACGCUUCUUUUCGCUGCCCUCGCCACGCUUGCCUCGUGUGCAAGGGAGAGAGAAAGAGCCGCGAUCUCAUGCACUGUCUAAAGUGUCCAGAAGCUUAUCAUCCGCGCUGUGUACCCCCUAGUGCUCGCUACAACUCGGUUGGGUUGCUUUGUUGGAGGCACCAUGAUGACAAGUUACCGAAGAUCCCGUCGUUCUACCUCUCUGAUCCAAACAUCGACACUGUGACUGUAGAUUCCACUCUGUGUCUCCCGUGGAUGUUCUUUCCCAAGCGCGAUCCGGAUGCCAGUAAGCCUAACGACUGCCACCACUUCCGCCUUCUCCUCAAUCAUAUCGAGGACGUUCGUCUACAGCCACCGGCUUACCGUAAAUUGGGUCGAAGUAUCUACACUUUUAAGAUGCACAAGGUCUCUCUAGAUGAUGCGCCAGCGUGCGUCUGCAGAGAAAGAUGUGGAGACUAUUGUAUUAACCGGCUGAGUUUUACCGAGUGCUAUGGACCAGCACCGACACCUGGGAUGAAGUUCAAUAGGCAGAAUCGAGAAUCAAACUGCAUGCUCGGCGAGUGUUGCGGAAACCGCGCGCUUCACCAGAAAGUGUACCCCCGCUUCGAGAAGUUUCACACGGUCGAAAAGGGUUGGGGCCUUCGUGUACUAGAGCAAGUGAAGGCGGGACAGCUCGUGAUUGAGUACGUUGGGGAGGUGAUUAAUGAAGAAGAGAAGGAACGCCGACUACUUGAUCACGCAAAGCACAGCCCUGAAGACAAGAACAUGUACAUUAUGGAGCUAGGCAAGGGUGAAUACAUCGACGCGCGGUUUAAAGGAAGCGUUUCUAGAUUUAUCAAUCACUCGUGCGAUCCCAAUUGCCACUUGCUGAAGUGGCGCGUCAAAGGCGUAAACCGAAUUGCAAUUACUGCUUUGAAAGAUAUUGAGCCGGGCACGGAGCUGUCGUACGACUAUCAGUUUCAUACGAAACAGGCUAUGGAGUGGAAAUGCCACUGUAAGGCGAACUGUUGUCGUGGAACUAUGGCACCAGAGAAACUGAACCAAGCGCAAGACGAACCUUUGAAAAAGCUUACGAAGAAAGAGAAAGUCAAGCAGCGUAAACGUGCUCUGAUCCAAGAAAAGAUUCAACAUGUUAAGGAGGUGAAAAGCACGGCAAAGCGGCUUUCGUUGACGGUACAGAUCAGUAUGGGUGACCGAAUGACGACCGAUAAGAUGACUGUCCGUACAGGCCCUGCAGCUCGCGAGUUACAGUGGGCUAAGCUGCACCGUCUCUUUAAUGUGCGAGACGCCCAGCGAGGCUGUAAUUUCAAGCUUCGUAGAGAGUUGCGAGAUCGAAGAUGUGGGCAGCGGGAUACGACAACUCGUGUGCAACAGACCGUAUCCGAAUCAACAGCUGCAACAUCAAGUCAUUUAGCAUACCCAAUUCAUUUUCCAGAGGAUAAAAGUGAACCAGUAUGUAAUGGUGGUCAUUUGCUUGCGAAGAAUACAGUUAGUCCUGACCGACCUGCAGCUUCCGAGCCGCCAGUAGUGCCAACGGAGCAAUCGGAGGAGAUACGAGUGGUUUGA